UCCGGCAUCUUCCGAGUGGAGUGCCUCAGGACACACCAGGAUUAAAAGAACUAUAUAUGGACAAUGGAGUAUCACUCAAUCUUCGCCUUUGCGCUCUUAAGAUCCCUACAGAUUAUUCAAAAGGCAACAUCUUAAAAGGAGUUAUUGUAAAGAAUUAUGUUUCUGCAAAUCUGACUAAGGCCACUUGCCAGCAAAAGUGUAACAUCAUUUCCUCCCUGGACAAUUGCUCUCUGUGUGCCGGCUAUCUGUUCAACUACACUUGCCUAGAUCGAGAUGAGUGUCUACAUCAGACGCACAAUUGCAGCUCCAAUGCUGCCUGUACAAACACUGUUGGGUCCUACAACUGCACAUGUGACUCUGGGUUUUCAGGUGAUGGCAAAUUCUGCAAAGAUCGAGAUGAGUGUCUAUAUCAGACCCACAAUUGCAGCUCCAAUGCUACCUGUGCAAACACUGUUGGGUCCUACAACUGCACAUGUGACUCUGGGUUUUCAGGAGACGGCACAUCCUGCAAAGGUAUGUUGCAACUUUUUUUUUAUUCGAGUUACCCAAGGUGA